GUCCAGCCUAUCGGAAGAUACAGUAUCCAUCGGACAAUUUAGUGAUAGAGGAAAGGAACAGUGGUAUGUGUGUGUGUGCGCGCAUGAUGUUAGAAGCAGCCGCGGGAGCAAAGUAAAAUGCAUCAUGCAAUCAUACACCUGACCGACUAUUAGCGAACCGUUUGAAACGUUUUUCUUGUACGUGUCUGACGGGUAUGUUCCAUGAAUGAAAGUUUCACUCGUCAGUAGUCUCUCAGCUGGAUGGUACAGUCUGUGAUCAUCAGCUAUGGAGUGAAAUCCAACACUUUGAUGUUGCACGAACAUCAUCAUGAAGGUGUGCGCUGUUGGGGGGGGGGGGGUUGGUGUUCUGCCUGAGUGCGGUAGAUCAAGGAUCAAUCCAACGAUCAAUCAGCCAUGAUCAUUUCAUGAUCUGUUGUGUUGUGUCACUCUCUUAAUUUUUUUUUGUCUAUGUGUUUUUAUGCGUACAGACAGGCUGGGAAGAAAUCAUGUCAAUUGAAUCGUGUUAAGCUUCGUUGGAUGAAAUUGCAAUUUUGCGUCUUGCACGGAUGAAGGUGAAUGGAUUUAACAAUUGAAACCAUAGGCAUCGUCCGUGCGAAAUCAUAGUAAAACGCACACUUUUCCCGCACAACGAUUGUUUAGCAAAGGACAAGAAAGAAGGAAACAAAAAUAGCACAGAAAACCUAGCAAAGCUUUAUGUUUCACAAUGUGUUCAAUUCCAUUUGGAUUGUGUGUGUGUGUAUGUACGGGGUUUUCCGCACUUUUCGAUGCUCCUACACAAUGCACACUUUGUUGCAGUGUUUGCGUGCGGAAUUUUCAUCAAAUUAAAGACACACGCGGCAAUGGCAAGAACUAGUCCACAGAAAAACCUUUCACGUUUUUUUUUCAUGUGGAAUUACAUGCAUUAAGCGGACUCUGCAACAACCACAACGCCGAUCUGUAGGUAUCCGGUGGGCAGCAAGUUGAUAGUAGACUGCGUGAGAUCAUAAUUAUUGGAACCGGUGUACGUCGAGCCAGAUACAUAUGUUCUCGUAUCUCUUUUUCUCUCUCUCGCUCUCUUGAUUGCCAUCUACAGACGCUUGGACGACUUUCUGUAGUCGAACAUAAUGACCUUGAAGAAUAGGCCUCCGUUGGCUUAAACUUGCGCUCAAACAUGUUGGCAUAUACGUGUACAGUGACGGAUAAAGCUCUUCGGCACCCUCAAGCGGAAUGGGGUAUACUGGUAGUGUCCUGAGGCGUUUUUUGGGUGUCAACGUUGUCUAGCGAGAUGUGGGAAUCGAGCUAGUUACAAAGUGGGGGGCCAAUAUUGUAUGAUUGAAAUAAUUAUCUAAUUAAAUUAUCGGAAGGCGGAAGUUUUCACUUUCACCUGUACGCGGGAUAGACAAAAAACGGAAAAUCUCUUCACAAGCUUACGAUGGGUAUGCGGCAGAUACAACCACCAACUCUAAUCGAAAUCGAUUACCUAUGUUUAUUGUAAAAAAAAAACAGAGAGAAACAGAGUACACCGAAGCGAAGUGGGUGAAAUUAUCACCAACACGUCAGCAAGUCGUGUGUCGCGCAUACACGCGGCGUUGUGCCAUGCAAAUGAUAAAAAUAGAAAAGACAAGAGACCACCGUUGACCGUUUUUUUCUGGUUGACGGGUGAAAAUUCAACGGACCCAGUAGGGAAUGAUAUAACGAGAGCUGCCCAAUGCAUCCCAGCCGAUGGAUGGAUGGUUGAAAAAAUCACUUGUACGUAGAAAUGUUCUCUAGUGUAGCUGAACCUGACCAGAUAUGCACACUCCACCACCGUGUUCGAGAAGUAGAUGGUUCCGUGAUAAACGAAACGGAAUGAUGGGACAUUAGUGCGAGAUUAACGCAACGAAACGCGACGAAACGCUUUACGCUAGUAGGUAAACCACAUACUUUGGUGGUGCACUAGCCCCAGUAGUUAAGGAAAUCGUCACAAAAUUACCUGUUAACUGUAAUAUUGAGCAGAGAGAAAGAAGCACCUAAUAUUCCAGCGGAGUCAUACUUAAACUGAACAACUAUUUCAUACCUGCCUGUGUACUGUACCCAAGAGACUGUGUAAAAAAAAGUUGUGCGUUUGUUAUAUAGGAAUAGAAAACUUCCGCCGUCCAAUUACAUACUCCAACACAAACAAAACAAAACACUGCCGGGAAGGCUUACUUCUUCCACCAGUUAGCCCGAAACUAAGCUAACACAGCGGAAGGUCGUUGUUUGCCAGCCAGACAGGAGACGGGGGUUCGUUCAUUUUUGGAAGCGUAAUUUGCAACCUGGAGGAGGGUGUGGUACAGUGUACGCAAGAGAAUCGACGAGUCCACAAAGGCGAAGGAAAUUUAUCUACGCUUGCAGCAUGGCAACCGAUAGUGACGAUGUCGCCACGCUGGCACAAUCUACGGUGGCGGAAAAGCGCCAGGAGGAGGAUAACAAUAACAAGAUCGAUCUGGUAGCGGACACGGUAUCGAAGCUCAGCCUAAAUGGUACGCUAGCCGAAAAUGGAGAAAAUGAAACGGUUUCGUCGGGUGUCUCGGAGGAAAAUCAGCUGAACAAUAACAGCACCACCGGUACGGAUGAAACCGUGGAGACCGGUAACAACAACAGCUCCGAACCGCCUACUCCAACCACACCAACCGGUGGUGUUGCCGGUCCCGGUGGUCCUUUAUCGAUCGGUAAGCGCAUUCGUCGUACGUCGGAAAAGCUGAACGAGGAUGCAGUAAGCGGUGCGCGCAAAAAGUAUUCGCUCGAUUUGCUGCUUUCGCUGAAGGAUUCGGCGAUUGGGCGUGAGAAACCGACCACGAUACCGGACGUUUGUAAAUCACUGCUGAAAUCGAGCCCGGGUACGUUCGUUUCCUCCUCCCGUCAUAUGGGCGGUAGGGGUGGCGGUGGUGGUGGUGGUGUUGGACAUAUCGGAGGUGGGCAGGACAACAGUCUGCUGCCCUCGUUUAUGAAAGGCAUGGGCUUCGGCGGACCACCAUUUGGCGAAGGAACGGACAGCGGUUCCGGCAGACCACCGAUGAACCGUGCACCGUACCGUGGCCGACUGUCUGCCAAGGAAAUGUCCACUCGCUCUUCUGCCGGUGGACCGGACGAUACGGAUUGGCAGAUGAUCAAGGUGAAUCUGAACAUCACCGAAGAGGUAAAGCUGAAGGGAUCGGCCAAUGCCUGGAAACCAUCGUUCAUGAUGCCGAAGGUAAAGCUGGAUCCCGAAACCGAAGCAACCCAACUGUUGUCGCGCGAAUUCCGCAGCGCACUGAACAAACUUACGCCGGAGAACUUUUCCGUGCUGAAGGAACAGAUCAAGCAGCUGAAGAUCGACACCGAGGAGCGGUUGAGCAACUGCAUCAAAAUUUUGUUCGAGAAAGCCAUUAUGGAGCCGAACUUUUCCGACACGUACGCGCAGCUGUGCAAGGAUCUCGGUAGCGAAAUUACGGUCAAAUUGAACGAUUCGAACACGGCAUUAUCCCUGAAGCGUCUGCUAAUCAAGCAGUGCCAGGUCGAGUUCGAGAAGCAUCAUAAGGAAUGCAAAACAAAUACCGAACUGCAGGAACAAAAGGAGAAGCUUACGGAGGCGGGCGAACAGACGGCGGAAGAGACCGAGGAGAUGAAGAUGGAGCUCGAGGAACAGACGAAUCGCAUUCGAAGGCGAGCCCUCGGUACGAUUCGAUUCAUCGGUGCGCUAUACAAGCAGCAACAGCUCGGCCCGAACACGAUGGUAAAUUGCGUCGACCUGCUACUCCAAGACAGGAUGCUGGACGAGGAAUCGCUCGAGUGUGUCUGCAAGCUGCUCACCACAAUUGGAGCGCGCAUCGAGGACUCGCAGGGCCUUACGCUGCAGACCUGUUUCGACAAGCUGCAGCAAAUUUCGGAAAGGAAAAAAAUGCUGUCGAACGGUGAACCAGUAUGCAAUCGUAUCCGGUUCAUGAUCAUGGAUCUGCUUGAUCUGCGCAAGGACAAAUGGCGAGGGAAACAUGCGCAAAACGCACCAAAAACGAGAGAACAGAUCCAGCGUGAAGUGGAAGCGGAGGAGAACAAGAAUUGGAUGCUCAGCUAUAAAUUGCCCCGCGGCCGUGCUGGUGGUGAAAGCGGCGGUGGAGGCGGCGGCGGCGGCAGCGGUGGUGGUGGCCGUGAUGGUGCCGGCGGUGGUGGAGGCGGAAGUGCAUCGAAGAAUAAGCGCUUGGUCGAUGAAGAUGGAUUCGUGCUGCCUGCCAACAAUCGCAAUAAUAAUGCUUGGACCAUGCCAUCUAUUGAUCCGAAGAAGAUAAACCUUCCGGUUACUAAAGCUCCCGGUGAAACUCGCCUCGGAUCGGCCUCCAUGUUUCAGGGUUGGGGCAACACAAACAAUGUGUUCGCAGCGCUGAACACGGAAGACUCGACUGCACCACCGCCGAGCUUCUUCGGUGCGUCCGGCCCGAUGGGCGGUGGCAGUAGCGGAGGUAGUGGCAGCGGCACUGGAAGUGGAAGUGGCCCCAAACCCAACAAGAAAGGUGGUGGCGGCGGCGGAGGAAACAAUUCCAAAAAACAUUACCAGGGCCGUAGCAGUAGCUUUUUAUGAUAAGGAGGAUAUCCCAUCGUGUCAUCGUGCCGGCCAUCAUCCACAACUGCUCCUCGUAGUAAUUGGAAACACAAGGGACGAAGGACAAAUCUUCGAGAGGUACUGCAAAUUAGCGCUGGCGCAGGAUUAAUAUAGGAAGCAGGACACGAAGAGGAAUUUCAAAAUUUACUGUGUUUUUUUUGCGAAAAUGGAUCACAUGGCUCUUUACCCUAAUUGCUUUAGUUUUGACAUAAGAACAAUAUCAUUGUCAUCUCUGACCGAGCCCGGAACUCACGAAACAUAUAACAACAGAAAGCAGAACACUGUAUUUGUACGAUACAGAUGAACUAUAUCGCUAACCAAACAUGGGAUUGAAAAUUAGGAUCUAUUUGUAUAAUGGCCAUGUUUGGACAGCGAGAGUGAGAGAAAGAGAGGUGUAAGAAAAGAUUGAUGAACUUGUAGGUUCAGAGUUUAGGUAGGCACAUUUUAUGAUGAAAGCAUUAAAAUUCAAUGUAUGUUGUGUACUUGUAAUUGUGAGGUAAAGAGGUAAUAAUCGCACACCAACAUUAUCGUUGCACAUCCAUUUAAAAGUUACAAUCCCAUACUCUUGAUUCUUCGUGCUCUUAAUUGGCAUUCACCCUUUCCGAAUGGGAUGUUGGAGAUGAUACAGACUUGCUGGAAUUUACAUCCUUAGAAAGAUUUGGCAUAUGGAUAGAGAGGAAUGAUACGAACCAAGCAUAACAGAGAGCGAGAGAGAGAGAGAGAAAGUGCAAGGAAAUCUUCCACAAAAGAGUAAUCCAGGAAAAGGAAUGCUUAAUUGAAGAGAUAUACUCGAUAAAAACUCGUACUACUAUAUGUAUACAUAGUUGAUUAGUUAGGACACAAACCGAUUGCAAAUUGUGAGUGAGUGAGGUGUUAUAUUUAAGAUUCCGGUUAUAAGCCAAAACCAGCAGCAACAGCAGCAGUAGUCGCAAACGGUGGCUGACGGCGCAGAAACUGAUUCCGCAACCACAGUUUCCGCGAUAUAUGAAGUGUAAAAAGGAAAGAAAAGAAAAAACAAACAACCCAUUUACAAAACACUCUACGCCAGGGUUAUGGUAUAGGAUCAUUAUAAGGUAUCAGAAAGAAUAAUCUAGCAAUAGUAGCAGACCGUGCAAGCAAGAAACAGGAAAUGACUCAAACAAUGGAACUGUUUAGCGCAACAGUGUUCCUCCUCAUGUCACACCAUGGUUCCCGGUGGGGAUUAGGAAAACCGGAGUAGAACCCCGAUUAUGCAAAACCGAUAAGCGAACGUGAAAGAGGGUAGAAGACAUUUCAAAUAGCAUCGAUGCAUGAAAUAAAUAUUUGUAGUCAACACAGUGUACUGAUGAGCGCAAUAUAAGGGAAGUACUCUUCUAUAAACAAUAGGUUUUUUUUAAAUAUUAAUCGAAACAUAAUAUUAUAACGAAGGGAUAGGCGAAACGUCAAGAGGGAGAGCGAGGAAGAGAGAGAGAGAGAGAGAGAGAGAGAGAGAGAGAGAGAGAGAGAGCAAUAGAUAAAUAGAAAAAAAGAAUUUUUGUCGUCGGACGUUAAUCAUUAUCAACAGCCACUCCGCGUGCUAAUAGAGCAUAGUUUAGGAAUGAAAGAUACAUAAAAAACACUACAGUUGUGGGCAAAAUUAACUAGUUAUCACGUAAGCUAUAUUAGAUGAUAAUUAGGAUUUUAAAAUUAAACCAAUUUUUUGGAGACAAUGUUGUUGUUGCGGAUAUGUGUGCUGGCAUGCAAUACAAUCCACACAUAUCGCACAGCCCAGUAAGUCACCAAUCAUGCCCAUGUUGUACUAUCUUCCAAUUAGCUGCAAAGCUACUAUUAGAUGCACAAUUAAAUUCUCGUCCGGUUUUAAGUUCAAAAUCGUAACUGCGGAAUUAUUCAAAAUAUCGUUUCCUUAUGGUGGCUUCAACAACAUCCACCUGGUCGUCCCACCAAAUGUUACAACUGUAGUGGGAUAUUCCAGGGUGUCGUGCUCCUACGUUCGGGUUCUUCCGUCGUAGGUGCUGGUUCUCAGCUUAUCUGCACUGGCGCCGACGUUAGCAAGAACUGGCAAUCAAAUAUGGCAGAGAAGUUUUCAUAUGAACAUUCAAAACUCUUCACAUCAAGAGAAGCUUUCCGUAGAUAAAAAUGAACCUUGGGUUUAACAUUUAAAAUGAAUACUAGCCACUUGUUGUUUUUUUUUAAACCAUUCCUUAUACAUACACAUGUUUGGAAAUGCUGCGUGAGAAUUUAGCUGUGCAUCUACUACUACAGUAAACGCGGCAGGAAAAGAUACAGAUCCAUAGAUGUACCCAAAUUCAGGAUAUAUUACCUCCCGCAGCUGGUGUCCGUGAAUUUUGCUGAUUUUUACUAGUUUUCUAAUGAUAAACAAUUAAACGAUGAGAAUGCACGGUUCACACGGCCAUGGUAGCAGCUUUCGAGUAAAUAAACUGUUUGUACCGUGAAUAACUCCGUCUUGUCACCAUUGUUUGUGGUACGCUGGACACGCGUACCGUGUACUAACAAGAUGGCCAUCGUGCUAUAAGCUAAAUUUUCUUCAGAUAUGGUGCCGAUGAUAAGUCUGCAUAUGGUUAUGGCAUGCGCUAUUCAUAUUAUUACUAUUAGUAUAUCUACUUUCUCUGACUAAUGUUGGCGGAUACACCUCAUUACACAUAUUCUUUCUAAUGUUCUACAUUUUUUCCUCGUUUAGUUAGUGUAUGUAAAAAUGUAAAACGUAAGACAAUGUAAAUAAACGGCAGCCUCAAUUUGUAACAGCAGAGAGACCGAA